AUUGUUGUGAAGUAAGGUUCUCUUAACCUUUAUCCACAAAUAUGGAUGAAAGUAAGAAAGAAAACAUAGAAAACAAACCAAUAUCAGUUGAAGCUUUAUCUGAGAAAAAGAACAAGCAGCCCAACUUCCUCUUGUCAGUCAAACUCAAAUAUGUGAAACUUGGUUACCACUACUUGGUUUCCAAUGCCAUGUACCUCUUGGUCUUACCAUUUCUCUGCAUGAUUUUGGCUCAUCUUUCAACGCUUGCCGUUGAAGAUCUCACUGAGCUAUGGAACCAACUGUGGUUCAAUUUUGCAACAGUUGUUGUAUGCUCAGCUUCUAUACUUUUUAUCAUAACUCUAUAUUUCAUGAGCAAGCCAAGAAAAGUUUACCUGGUUGAUUAUGCUUGCUACAAGCCAGAACCAUCGCAUAAGUGCACCAGAGAGCAUUACAUGCAGAUAUCUGCAAGGCUAGGAGUGUUCACAGAGGAAAGUUUAGCGUUUCUAAGGAAAAUCCAGGAGAGAUCUGGGAUUGGUGAGAGGGCAUAUGCACCCAACGGCUUGUUGCAAAUCCCUCAGGACCAGUCCUUGGCUGAGUCAAGAAGGGAGACAGAAAUGGUAAUGUUUGGAGCCGUUGAUGAUCUCUUGGCCAAAACUGGUGUGAACCCAACAGAUAUAGGAAUACUAAUAGUGAAUAGCAGUUUGUUCAAUCCCCAGCCUUCUCUCUCAGCCAUGAUUGUCAAUCGUUACAAGUUAAGAGGGAAUAUUUUGAGCUAUAGUCUUGGUGGUAUGGGUUGCAGUGCUGGACUUAUUUCGAUAAACCUCGCCAAAGACCUUUUACAGGGACACCCAAACUCUUAUGCCCUGGUGGUAAGCACAGAAAAUAUCACUCGCAAUUGGUAUAGGGGCAACGAACGGCCAAUGCUUGUCACAAACUGCCUAUUCCGUAUAGGAGCAGCAGCCAUUCUCCUAUCCAACCGAUCAUCUGAUCGCCGGCGUUCUAAGUAUCAGCUCAUCCAUAUCGUACGGACCCACAAGGGUGCUGAUAAUAAGUGCUACAACUGUGUAAUGCAACAAGAAGAUGAGAACCAAGUGGUUGGUGUCUCACUGGCGAAAGAACUCAUAGUGGUUGCUGGAGAAGCCCUUAAGGCAAAUAUCACCACACUCGGGCCACUAGUUCUUCCAUACUCCGAACAACUGCUAUUUCUUGCAACUUUAGUAAUGAAAAGGAUUCUCAAAAUAAAAAUAAAACCAUAUGUUCCAGAUUUCAAGUUGGCAUUUGAACACUUCUGCAUCCAUGCAGGAGGAAGAGCUGUUUUAGAUGAGCUAGAAAAAAAUCUUGGUCUCACUGAAUGGCACAUGGAGCCUUCAAGAAUGACUCUCUAUAGGUUUGGCAACACAUCUAGCAGUUCAUUGUGGUACGAAUUGGCUUAUUCAGAGGCUAAGGGAAGGAUCAAGAAGGGUGAUAGGGUGUGGCAAAUAGGGUUUGGUUCAGGAUUUAAGUGCAACAGUGCUGUGUGGCAUGCUUUAAGGACUAUCAAUCCGGCCAAAGAGAAGAAUCCUUGGAUCGAUGAAAUUAAUGAUUUUCCGGCUCACGUACCUAAAGUCACCCCAUAAUCUGUUAGACUCGUCUUUUCUUUUAUGUGUUUCCUGUGUUUAAUGAGGCCUAAAUAAUCAAAGACUACCCUUUUUUUUUUUUUUUCUUUUCUUUUCUUUUAAUUUUAGAAAUUGCUGUAUUGCGUGUCGUAAUAGUAACAAUAUUAAUAAUAAUG